AUGAUUUAAUUUGAUGAAAAUGAGUUCAAGAUAAAUAUUUUGAUUAAUGAGAGUCAGUCAUUUUAAGCUUCCUUAAAUGAUUUUCAUAAAAUCUUAAGCUUUAUGAAACUUUAAAAUUUAAUCAAACAAUAAUAUUUGCAAAAGCUGACAAAUGGUAAUAGAUUCUUAUAAUUUAUUGUGAAUAAAAAGAUAUAACACAUAAUUUAAAGUGUAUAAUGCAAAAAAAAACUGCAAAACAUUAGGAACAAUAAAAUAAAAUUUGAAGAUGGUAAAUUUUUUUACUAUUGCAGCAAAUAUUUUAAAUGAACUGAAUAGAUUUUAAGAUGCAAUAGAAUAAUAUGAUUCAGCUAUUCAGAAAAACCCAGAAAAUGCAGAUUUAUAUUAUGGCAAAGGUAUAAAUUAAUCAUGUAUAUUUUUUUUUAGGGAGUGCCUUAGAAAAGAUUUAUAGAUUUAAAGAAGCCUUGGAGUAUUAUGAUUUAGCUAUUCAGAAAAACCCAGAAAAUGCAGAUUAUUAUUAUGAAAAAGGUUUUAAUUAAUGAUGUAUAUUUGUUAGGGAAUUCUUUAUAAAAGAUGAAUAGAUUUGAAGAAGCAUUGGAGUAUUAUGAUUUAGCUAUUCAGAAAAACCAAGAAAAUGCAGAUUUUUAUUAUGAAAAAGGUUUACAUUAAUAAUGUACAUUUGUUAGGGAAAACCCUACAAAAGAUGAAUAGAUUUAAAGAAGCCUUGGAGUAUUAUGAUUUAGCUAUUCAGAAAAACCCAGAAAAUGCAGAUUAUUAUUAUGAAAAAGGUUUUAAUUAAUGAUGUAUAUUUUUUUAGGGAAUACCUUAUUCAACAUGAAUAGGUUUUUAGAAGCAUUGCAAUAUUAUGAUUCAGCUAUUUAGAAAGACUCAGAGAAUGCAGAUUAUUAAAAUAGCAAAGGUAUAAAUGAAUGAUUUAUAUUGUAUUAGCGAUUACCUUAGAUUUGAUGAAUAGAUCGGAAGAAGCAUUGGAGUAAUAUGGUUUAGCUAUACAGAAAAACCCAGAAAAUGAAGAUUUAUAUUAUGGCAAAGGUAUAAAUUGAUUAUGUAUAUUUUCUUAGCGAUUGUCUUAUAAAAUAUGAAUAGAUUUGAAGAAGCAUUAGAAUAUUAUAGUUUAGCUAUUCAGAAAAAUCCAGAAAAAGCAGAUUAUUAGUCUUAAAAAGGUUGUAAUUAAUGAUGGAUAUUGUCCUAGCGGCUGUUUUAUUCAACAUGAAUAGAUUUGAAGAAGCAUUGAAGUCUUAUGAUUUAGCUAUUCAGAAAAAUCCAGAAGAUGCAGAUUAUUAUAAUGGCAAAGGUAUAAAUUAAUGAUGUUUAUUUUCUUAGCCGUUACUUUAGAUAAGAUGAAAAGAUUUGAAGAAGCAUUGGAUUAUUAUGAUUUAGCUAUUUAGAAAAACCCAGAAUAUUCUGAAAUAUAUUAUGGCAAAGGUCUAAAUUAAUCAUGUUUAUUUUCUUAGCGAUUGCCUUAUAAAAGAUGAAUAGGUAUGUAGAAGCAUUUGAAUAUUAUGAUUUAGCUAUUCAAAAAAACCCAGAACAAUCAGAUUAUUAUUAUUGCAAAGGUAUAAAAUACUGAUGUAUGUUUUCUUAGCGAUUGCAUUAGAAAAGAUGAAUAGAUAUGAGGAAGCGUUGGAGUAUUAUGAUUUAGCUUUUUAGAAAAACCCAGAAAAUGCGGAAUAUUUUUAUGGAAAAGGGAUAAAUUUAUGAUCUAUAUUAUUCUUAGCCAUCGCCUUAGAAAAGAUGAAGAGAUUUGAAGAAGCAUUGGAGUAUUAUGAUUUAGCUAUUCAGAAAAACCCAGAUAAUGCUGAUCAUUAUGAUGGCAAAGGUAUAAAAUAUUGAUGUAUUUUUCCUUAGCGAUUGCAUUAGAUUUGAUGAAUAGAUCGGAAGAAGCAUUGAAGUACUAUGAUUUAGCUAUACAGAAAAACCCAGAAAAUGCAGAUUAUUAUAUUGGCAAAGGUAAAAAUUAAUGAUAUAUAUUUUCUUAGCCGUUACUCUAGUAAGGUUAAAAAGAUGCGAAGAAUCAUUAGAGAAUUAUGAUUUGGCUAUUCAGAAAAAUCCAGAAGAUGCAGAUUAUUAUAGUGGUAAAGGUAUAAAUUAACGAUCUAUAAUUAUUUAGCGAUUGCCUUAGUAAAGAUGAAUAGAUUUGAAGAAGCAUUAGAGUAUUAUGAUUUAGCUAUUCAGAAAAACCCAGAAAAUGCUGAUCAUUAUAAUGGCAAAGGUAUAAAAAAUUGAUAUAUCUUUCUUUAGCGAUUACCUUAGAAAAGAUGAAUAGAUAUGAGGAAGCGUUGGAGUAUUAUGAUUUAGCUAUUCAGAAAAACCCAGAAAAUGCUGAUCAUUAUAAUGGCAAAGGUAUAAAAUAUGAUGUAUUUUUCCUUAGCGAUUGCAUUAGAAAAGAUGAAUAGAUUUGAAGAAGCAUUGGAGUAUCAUGAUUCAGCUAUUCAGAAAAACCCAUAAAAUGCAGAAUUUUAUAAAUGCAAAGGUAUAAAUUAAUGAUCUAUAAUUAUUUAGCGAUUGCCUUAGUAAAGAUGAAUAGAUUUGAAGAAGCAUUGGAGUAUUAUGAUCCAGCCAUCGAGAAAAACCCAGAAAAUGCAGAUUAUUAUAAAUGCAAAGGUAUAAAUUAAUAUCUAUAAUUAUUUAGCGAUUGCCUUAGUAAAGAUGAAUAGAUUUGAAGAAGCAUUGAAGUAUUAUGAUUUAGCUAUUCAGAAAAACCAAGAAAAUGCAGAUUUUUAUUAUGAAAAAGGUUUACAUUAAUAAUGUACAUUUGUUAGGGAAAACCCUACAAAAGAUGAAUAGAUUUAAAGAAGCCUUGGAGUAUUAUGAUUUAGCUAUUCAGAAAAACCCAGAAAAUGCAGAUUAUUAUUAUGAAAAAGGUUUUAAUUAAUGAUGUAUAUUUUUUUAGGGAAUACCUUAUUCAACAUGAAUAGGUUUUUAGAAGCAUUGCAAUAUUAUGAUUCAGCUAUUUAGAAAGACUCAGAGAAUGCAGAUUAUUAAAAUAGCAAAGGUAUAAAUGAAUGAUUUAUAUUGUAUUAGCGAUUACCUUAGAUUUGAUGAAUAGAUCGGAAGAAGCAUUGGAGUAAUAUGGUUUAGCUAUACAGAAAAACCCAGAAAAUGAAGAUUUAUAUUAUGGCAAAGGUAUAAAUUGAUUAUGUAUAUUUUCUUAGCGAUUGUCUUAUAAAAUAUGAAUAGAUUUGAAGAAGCAUUAGAAUAUUAUAGUUUAGCUAUUCAGAAAAAUCCAGAAAAAGCAGAUUAUUAGUCUUAAAAAGGUUGUAAUUAAUGAUGGAUAUUGUCCUAGCGGCUGUUUUAUUCAACAUGAAUAGAUUUGAAGAAGCAUUGAAGUCUUAUGAUUUAGCUAUUCAGAAAAAUCCAGAAGAUGCAGAUUAUUAUAAUGGCAAAGGUAUAAAUUAAUGAUGUUUAUUUUCUUAGCCGUUACUUUAGAUAAGAUGAAAAGAUUUGAAGAAGCAUUGGAUUAUUAUGAUUUAGCUAUUUAGAAAAACCCAGAAUAUUCUGAAAUAUAUUAUGGCAAAGGUCUAAAUUAAUCAUGUUUAUUUUCUUAGCGAUUGCCUUAUAAAAGAUGAAUAGGUAUGUAGAAGCAUUUGAAUAUUAUGAUUUAGCUAUUCAAAAAAACCCAGAACAAUCAGAUUAUUAUUAUUGCAAAGGUAUAAAAUACUGAUGUAUGUUUUCUUAGCGAUUGCAUUAGAAAAGAUGAAUAGAUAUGAGGAAGCGUUGGAGUAUUAUGAUUUAGCUUUUUAGAAAAACCCAGAAAAUGCGGAAUAUUUUUAUGGAAAAGGGAUAAAUUUAUGA